GGAAUUUGACAGCGCUCGUUGACAAUGACGUUCGAACAUUCCAUCCAAAUUUAAAACAAUAAAACGCGAUAAACAUGUUGGUCGCCGUUGUGCUCGAGAUAUGGACGCGUUGACUGUGGAAGAUUUACCCGAAGAAGUUUUAGAAUUUAUUUUGUCUUUCGUUUCACCGUACAAAGAUUUGCACGAUUGUAUGGUUGUAUCAAAGAAAUGGAGGAGAUGCGUUUUGAAUGUGGUGAAAAUGAAACAAAGGAACCUGUACAAAGCAAUUAAUGAUUUUGAUAUAAAAUGGGAUAGGUUGACUCCGGUAGAUAUGGCCCCGACAAUAACGAAACGUUACUCGCAUACCGCAGUUGUACAUGAGAACUCUAUGUACAUCUUUGGGGGCUGUACCUGUGCAAUGACUACUUUUAAUGACCUGUGGCGAUUAGAUUUAUCGAAGAGGCAGUGGAUCAGACCCUUGACCAUGGGAACCUAUCCUUCGCCUAAAGCUUGCAGUUCAUUGAUAAAAUAUAAAAAUUCGUUAGUGUUAUUUGGUGGUUGGACAUACCCACCGUCUUACCCACUCUACCAAAGUUGGCAUCUCUUCAAUGAACUCCACGUCUACGAUAUCGUCGCCAAUAGAUGGACUUGUAUUAGUACCGUUAAUACGCCACCUCCCGUUGCCGGGCAUUCGGCUUCGGUAGUGGGAGAGUGGAUGAUUAUAUUCGGAGGUUUGCAGAAGCCAAAUACCGCUGUACAUUGCGAAAAGUCAAACGACAUAUGGAAAUUAAACUUGGAGACUUGGACUUGGCACAAACAGGAAGUCCAAGGGGGCGCCAAACCGUUCGGUAGAUUCGGCCAAACCCAGGUCAUAUUAGACGAAUGCAAUUUAUUAAUUUUGGGGGGAUCGGGUGGUCCCACGAUGCAAUAUUGCGACGGGUGGGUUUUAAACAUGUCUGGUAGUUUGUGGAAGUGGAUCAAGGUCGAUAUCCAGGGUAAAUCGAACGAACCCUCAAAUAUUUGGAGCAAUCCCGGCUGCAAGAUAGGGGACAAAAUUGUGGUGUUGAACAGGGUUAGACAGAAGGAAGACUUCUCCGUGGUCUAUUAUCCUAGAAGUCAGUGGCACCAGCAGAAUGUGCCGGAAGACGGCAGGUUGUCUAGGAUAGAUUUGGCGAAUCGCAAACCCGACAAAGAUGACAAUGUCAAUGGUCGAAGGGGUGUGUUGAAAAACCCGAAACGCGAAGCGGAGGAGAUUGAGGACGAGAGUGCCGUUGCGGGUCCUUCGAACGCCAGCCGAGAAAUUAAGAUUCACGGGUUAAAUUCGCCGUCAUUAAAUAUGGCCGCGUUUUCCCAACCCUCGGAUGUCGGAAGCGCGGCCAAGAAGACCGCUAGAGAGAAAAGACUGGCCAACCUGUUAAAGAUCGAGGAGAAGAUGACGAAAGGGGCUGCGACCAAACGGGAAAAGAAGACGCAUUACUUGGGAAUGUACGUUUUGGAUAUUUCGCAAGUGUUGUCCAAAAGUCCGGUCGCGAUUUGGUUACCGCCGAAGGGCGUGAAAAACGGUCCCGAGGAGACGAUUUUGUAUACUUUAGUCGAGGGAAAGUCCGAGCUCAUUAUGUUCGGCGGGAUUCAGAAAGACGCCAAUUCGUUGUUGACGGUGAACAUCAGCAGUCAGAUAUCGAAUUCCUUACAUUUUAUUACUUCGCCGAGUUAUGUAAUUUAGCUGUCGGAUAAAUCAAGGGGGCAACGAAACUCGCGUUUGAUAUGUGUUCGAUUUGAGUUAAGAAUUAAGAGUGUUGAAUAAUUAACGACUCUAUAACUGUAUACUUUUUCUACUGUGCUCGUUUCGAGGGCAGGCCGUCAGACGGUCGGAUUUUUCUAGUCAGUAAGUUUUCAAAAUGAAUUUUAUAUUCGGUUGAUAUUUGCAAUAAAAACUGGUUUCGAUUUA